AAUCACUUAACAAACUAAUAAUAGCUGUGAAAGUUAAAGACAAAUCAUAAAGAUGGUAUCUGUAGUAGCGUUAUGGAUAGUCGCAGCAUCAGUUAUAAUGGGUCAAGUUUGGGGAGACCAAACCAUACAAGAUAUACGUGUAACUGGGAAAGUGCUAUGCCAAGACUGUAAUCGUCCCUGGAGCGAAUGGGUUAAAGGUGCCAAGCCAAUUAAAGGUGGGAUUGUAUCGAUAACAUGUAUGGAUGAGAGAAGGAGAGUAGUGCAUUAUUCCAGCGAUUCGACAGAUGAGUUGGGUGGAUUUGAGUUGAACAUAAAUUCAGAAGUUUGUGAGAAUAAGAAGCUGAACCCAAAGCUUUGUAGGGCUCGAUUGGUGUCCUCACCAGACUAUGAUUGUAACAUUAUGACUAAUUUUGGGGAUGGACACACAGGUGUGACUCUCUCAUGGCCCACUUCUAUUUUCCAAAACUCUCUUGGAUACACACUUGAACCAUUCUACUUCACCACCCAAACAUGCCAAAAACCACAACAAGAGGAACAAGAUAGUGUCUAUCAUGAUAAUAAUAACAAUGACCAUUACUAGUACCCAACUUAUUUUGUAGUUUUUCCUUCCUCCAACUGGUUCAUAACCAUUAUAAUAAUAUUUGGUAUUGGAUUUUUUUUUUCUUGAAAAAUUAUUAUUGUGGAAAAGGUAAAUACUAUUUUGAACAUGUAAUUUUCUAUUCUAAAAAUUAUUAAUUGGACAUUUUAUUUUGUUAAAUGACAAUUUAAAUAUUGUAUUUUUCAAAAUAGUACAAAUAAUAAUCUUAGCUCAAUUUUUAUUC